AUGCGAAGUUUCCUCCCACGACAUUUUGGCCCCGAGUCCCAAAAUAGCCCAGAUAAUCCCAUAAAACUAACUAGACAAGAAAAGAUCAAUCGAACCAACUUGAGUUCACACGCUAAAUUAUACUAUACCGAUCGAGAGUUUGGGAUUUUCCAUAAAGGUGUUCGUACUGUGCUUGAUCUUGGCUAUAUGCCCGGAAAUUGGUCGUCUUAUGCUAAAGAUAAACUACUCCAAGUACAUGAAACCACUGAAGAAGAAUUUAGUAAGGAAUGCCAUAUUGCAGGGUUUGAUAUAUUAUUUGGAACGCCUCCCCUGAAGGUAUCAACUAUCCAAGGUAACAUAUACUCCCAAAGCACUCAUAGCAAUAUACAUCACCAUUUUAAAGAGGUUGCACUAAGAAGAUUGCAAGACGCGUCUAAACCUCGCUUGCAACUCCAAGACGACCAUGAAACUUCUUAUAUUGAUAAGGAAAUCGAUCAAGCCUACAUGGACCAAUUGGAUGAAGCACCCUCCACGUUGGCCAAAACUAGGUUGGCUAAUCGGGCUCCCCAUGAGCUUAAGAUUCUUGCAUCCCUCAAACCUCAAGAUUAUCAACCAGAUUUGAUAUUGUCAGAUCUUUGUGCUCCAUUUUAUCAAAAUGGUGGCUUUUUCAAUAAUACUAGCACUAGGCCUUAUAUUCGAACUGGAAAUAACCCGGGGUUGAAUAAUGUUUUGCAAGAUCCUUUAAAAUCUCUGCUUGAUUUGGCAGACGCGUCGCUACUAUUGGCAUGCUCUUUAUUGAAGAAAGGAGGUGACUUGGUUUUAAGGAUCGCUAAAGUUGACUUGAACGAUCCAGAAUUAAGAUUUUUGGAAUUAAAAUUGAAAAAGGUUUUCAAUGUUGUUGUGAAAUGGCACUAUGAUGACUAUAGGCCAAACACCAUUGGAAAUCAAGAGUUAUUUUUUAUUUGCCGAAAUAAAAAACAUCAAUUUACGAUUAUAUAUAACUUUAAUGAAUGA